GUGCUACAAUCUUAUUCUGUGGUUACAGUGCGAUUAAUUUGUCUUGCGUUCGUUUUACCUGCGCUGUCACUUACUGAAAGUGACACCUUGACGUACCGUACGGCCUUUUAAGAGGCAUGUAAGUGUCACCAAGUGUUCUUAAGCAGCCAGCACGCGCCGCGAUCGCUUUGUUUCCCGUGCCACUCUCGGUUCCGUGCGUUCCAUGCUCGUGCGGACAAUUCGUCUCUCGACAUGUCCCGUGCAGUCGCACGCGUCGACAGCCGAGGCACUCUUCGUAGGUGAGAGCCCCGUUGCUAUUUAGCUAUCUUAUUUAAUGAGGUAGAGAGACUAUCGGUGGUGUGGCGACGCCGAUGAAGCGGCCGAGGAGUCCAUGUUUUGCCGCCCAGCGGAGGUUCAAAGGACUGCGUCGUCUGCACACGGCGGCGACGACAGCGCCGCUUUCGCGGCGCAAGCGCUCGCUUGACUGCGGGCUCGAUCGAACGCCGGGUUCGCCGCCAGUAAAGAGACCGCGGUUCGAGGGCGGUGUCGACGACAGCCAUGCCUUCCUCUGGGAAAUCCAGGAGACACCGAAAGAACCGACCUUCGGUAAGGAUGCCAAGCACAAGCAGCAGCACAAGAAUGGCGGCAGCGCUGGCGGUGGACCCGCCGUGACGGCCGCGCUGGCGCAGACGUCGCCGGCCACCUCGCCGAUGGACGCGCAGACGUCGCCCAUGAUCGAACCGGGCGGCCGCGACAAGCUGGACCUGUCCGCGGUGCUGUCCGGUCCCCCGCUGCCCGCCGACGCCGCCAUGGAGCUGUCCAGCCCGCCGGCCUCGGAUGAGGACGACCCGGCGUUCAACGCCUUCAACUACUGGAAGACCCCUUUCCCUGACGUCAGCGGCGACAUCGUCAUGGAGUAAUGGCAGCAUAAGGCAAAAGGAGACCAUCCGCCACCUCUGAAGCCGCUCCACUUCGCUUUCAAGAUGGCUGCAUGCGUCACUAAAUAAUCCCUCCUUCAGUCAUUUUCUUUGUCCCCCUCUUUUCGUGCACCACAUUGUCGUUCCGUUCUCAUUGUUCCCUGCGUCCUGCCGUGCUCCGACAGACCACGAUAGCCGAGCGUUUUAAACUUACCCGUGUAAUUAACAAACGCUCAAAAUAGCAGAGUUUUCAGCUGUACUUUUGCUGUUGUAGUCACCCGCCACAUUAAUGCAGUCGGUUUCUUUCGCCACGACCGCGUUUUGUUUAUACGAGGAAAGGAAAACGACAGAGCCGUGCAGAUCGUGCGAAGCUCGCGAAUAUCAACCAGGAAAAACGCACUGAACAAACUUACACGCCUCUCGGAGUGUCAGCGAACGACCUUUCUUCCAUCAUAUGUAAUUUUUUCUUUAUUUUUCUAUCGUCUCGAUCAUUAGAAAGAUUUUGCAUAGCGUAAGCCUAUGUGGUAGAGUGACGCAUACGCGUGAGGUCGUAUCUGGCAGCCGGAGUCGAUGUUUUUGGCGACUCCUUGCGACGCUGUGGUCUUCCAGCGCAUGCCAUUACGUCUCCGCUGUUCGAGCGACGAAGUUUGCAUCUACAUCUGCCGUGCGCCAAGUUUUCUUUUUUUUUUUUCUGUUUAUUUCUUAGCUUCUCGAAAGGGGGCUUCCUUCACAUGCUCUCAAUGAGCUUUUUUUUAUUUUUUUUCUUAUAGACAUUUUUUUUUUCACGCACAUUGACAUCGUUUGGCGGGAGCGGAAAGAAUCUCCUGCUAUUUGGGAAGUGUCUCGCUCAUAAUGCCAGGUGUUUAGUGGUAGAACAAAAGUUUCGAGAAUGCAGUACGCGAACCAUACGGACUUGAGUGCGUAGACGUCGGUUUGUUCUGGUGCGAGUGCGGUAGUACUUGUUUUGUGAAGUUAUUACUUCCUGCUGGCUUCUGGGAAGCAAUUGGCCGCCGCCGGCCGCAAGUUAGUUCUCGAAACGUGUGCUUUUUUUUUUUUUUUUUGCCUCCUCCUGUUCGCGCCUUCGCGUGUGUACAUACAUAGAGUGUCUCGGCAUAGCAGCAGCUAAAGCCAGGCUUUGCAUCGAGGCUACCUAAUGUGUUUUGGCUCGCCGUGUCGAUACGCGAACACCCGGACGGUCACCUGCGCCUGUUUGUCACGUUGUGUUUCUUUGACAAUGGAAUAAAUAUAUUCUUUUGUGGUGUUCA